UUGGAGCGUUGGUUCAAGACGCAUGACUGGUGCUGCUGCUCAGGUGGGCGCAGAUGAAGUGCGUCUACUUGCCGAGAUUGAUAAGACCAAGCUCAAAUCGAUACCUGGUACCUCCCAGUCUAUCCGCGGAUAUCAGAAGCUGCGUCAGGACCAUGAUGACAAGUGGUACCGUACUCUUCUCUGGGUCAAGGGUCCGUGGGCGUGGGGAUGGGUCGGCAACCUUCCUCGUAUGACAUCUCCAAGCAGGUAUCCCGAUUAUGAACCUUGGGUUUUCAACAUCAAAGGCUGUGGCGAGGACGCACCUACGCGAUCUUCUGGUUUCUCGACUCGUACUGUGGGUGCCUCUCCAGUGAAGAAGAGGCCGCGCAACCCUGUUUCUCUUGAAAAGUCCGAGAAGAAAAUAAGGCGCACAUGGUGUACAGCCAAGUCUACUAAUGUUUCUUCUGUUGAACAUGACAAUGUUGAUGAUGCUGUCGAUAGUCCUCCCUUGGAGAAUUACUUAGAGGUUGCUGAGGAAGAUGAAACUAUGAGGAUUGAUGAUUAUGGCGAGAAUGUUGCUGAUAAUGCCAGUUCUCAUGGCGAUGCUAGUGCUUCAAAGGAUAGGACGUAUUCUGACUCUGAUGAGAUUGUCGAUGAUUUUGUUGAUCCUGGUUCCCUGAAGUUGGUUCCAGCUUCUGAUGUCGGCAGUGAUUCUGUGGCUCAGGUUAUUAAGGUGGUCGACAUCAGUGAACUAUCCUUUGAGAAGUUUCUUCCUUCCGUCAAAGAGUCUCAGUUUGCCUUCCCGCAGACUACUUCGGCGGACACAUCUACGAUGUACUUGUCUCUUUCUCCUCCUCAGUUGCCAUCUAUUUAUUGGGAAUCGUGUGAACCAAUUAACUCUGCUGGUGCUUCUCCUGAGAAUGGUGACCGGGUUAUCAUGGAUGUUAGAGUUACUACUCUGCCAUCAUCCGGGUUUGCUCAGGAAGUAGUGAAUGCCAACGGCAUCCAUACUAUAGGUAGUACGCGUUUACCUGUGACUGGGAACUCUACGACCACCGUACCUGUGUAUUCUGAGAGAGUGGCUGUCGUGCGGGACGUAGGCAAAGGCCUUGCGUCCUCCCUGGAUUUUGAUGUUAGUGCGCCCGAUGAUGAAAUUCUGAGGCACGUGCUCGAGCAGUCUCGUCCUUCUUAUAUUCCUUCUAGAGAGGAAUCUCUGAUUCGUAAAAGACCUGAUACUGCACCUUCUGGGUUGAUACCCAGCCUGUGUGAAGAGGCGCAACAAUUUGGUCUUAUCUCUGCGACAGGAGUGAAAGAGAUGGAGGCCUUUAUGGACAGUUAUUCUCACUUGCUGGGCCAGUUUAACUCGUACACUUUUGCUCGUGGGAAGGACUAUUGCUUCCAACUGUACCUGCUUUAUAAAGCAAAAACUGCCAAGUUCUCUGCUCUUUUUGAGCAGUCGCAGUCCAACCUUGAACUGGUGAGUGGUCAGUGCGUAGAUCUUCAGAAGCAAUUGGAUGAGGUUCUGCAGAAUCAAGGUGGGCACAAAGAUCUGGCUAGCCAGAUGGGAACUCUUCAGAAAGAGCUUGAGGACAGUAAAAAAGCUGCUGCGGAGGCAGAACUAGCUCGUGUAGCUGCUGUGCAGGCUCGUGAUGUGGCUGAUAAUGCCUUAGCUGCUGCAACUUCUAAGUCCUUGGAUCUCCAAGCAAAGCUCAAUACCUUAACUAACAAAGUUGAUAACCUAGAGGGUGAUCUGUUGAAACAACAGAACUUAACUACUCUUGCUGAGGGUCUUGCGUCUGCCAAUGGUGUUCGCGUUAAGCAAGUUGAAGAGGAAUUGACAAGGGUUAAGGAGCAAGCCCAGAAGGAUGCCGUUGAUGCUGCUCGUCAUGUUAAAGAAAGAGAUGCUUUCUUGAAGGCUUACUAUGCUGAGGCUGCCCAGAAGCAGAUCAACCAUAUUCUUGAUGCUGCAGGGAAGCACCUUGGUGUCAAGAUUCAUUGCACCCCAUGAUCAAGUUCCUUCUUCUGAGGUGGUUCAUAUCAGAGUCUUAGUUUUUAUCUUUUGUUUACUCUCGGUGUUUAUUGUUUACGUAUGCAGUUCAUCUUGUAAUCAAUGUGUAGCCUAUUUUGGAUGAACAAUGUUGCUUUAUUAAAUACUUUCGCGUAGAACUACCUAAAAUUGUCUGCCUUGUCCUGCAUUUUGGUUGUUAUUAAUGAAAGAAUGAGAUGCAAAAGUAUGAGAUA